GAGCCCUUGAGGAAAGUCAUUAAAGAAGGUUAUAAAGAAAAAUAUGUACCCUAUCAAAGAAGAGGAGAGGACCCUCGGGGUCAAGAAGUAUUUGAUGCGUGUCAACUCAAAAAAGAUUGAAGCAGGUGCUAUGCUUCCACAUCAGAUCAUAGGCUAUGCGAAUGACCGCAAUUUCGGGGAACUGGCUGAGGCUCAGUGGAAGGCGAUGGUGGAGGAGAUGUAUUCAAAGCAGGGAAAGUUCAAGAACUGCUUAGCUGUGUGUGACGUCUCUGGAAGGAUGUCUAGGGAUCCCAUGAAUUUUUCAUUGGGUUUGGGACUGUUGGUGUCUGAGCUGAGUGAAGAGCCAUGGAAAGGAAAGGUCUUCACUUUUAGUCGAAAUCCUCAGCUACUUUUGAUACAAGGCGAUGAUCUUAAGUCCAAGUGUGCGUUUAUGAGGAGGAUGGACAACCAGGACUGGGACGGGGAGACUGAUUUUAACAAGGUGUUUGAUUUGAUCCUGGAAGUGGCUGUGAAGGGGAACUUGAAGCCAGAGCAAAUGAUCAAGAGGUUGUAUGUGUUCACCAGUGACCAAGAUUUUGAUGAUGCUUCCGCAAAUAGCUGGAAGACUGAUUAUCAGACAAUACAGAGCAAGUUUAACGAGAAAGGAUACGGCAAUGUGGUGCCACGCGUAGUGUUUUGGGAUAUGAACAAAGACAAGUCUAUCCCGGUGGCGUAUUCUGCAGUACAAGGGGUGGCCAGGAUGACUGGCUACUCCAAGAACUUAGUCAAGUGCUUCUUGGACAAUGAUGGGGAUGUCGGCCCCGAUCAUGUUAUGGAAGCAGCCAUCUCUGGCAAUUAUUAUCAAAACCUGGCUGUAGUUGACUGAUCCUCAUAUGAUUACUGUCUCCUUCUCCUUUGGCAUUUGGGAUUUUAUGAAAAGAAACUUGAAUUGACUUAUUUAAUGAUAUGAUAAUGUGUA